AUGACCAGACGUUCAGCUACUAAUACCAUUAUUAACUUUGUGCCAAGUCAGCAGGCAUGGGUCAUUGAACGCAUGGGUCGUUUUCAUAAAAUUCUGGAGCCGGGCUUGAAUUUCCUGAUUCCAUGCAUAGAUGAAAUACGAUACGUGCAGAGCUUGAAGGAAGAAGCCAUUGAAAUUCCAAAACAAGGUGCCAUUACAUUGGAUAAUGUGCAAGUCCAGUUGGAUGGUGUGCUGUAUCUGAAAGUUGUUGACCCAUUCAAAGCAUCAUAUGGCGUUGAUGAUCCGGAAUUUGCUGUUAGUCAACUGGCCCAGACAACGAUGAGAUCUGAAGUUGGAAAAAUUGUUUUGGACACUGUCUUCAAAGAGCGUGAGCAGCUCAAUUAUCAUAUUGUAACUGCUAUCAAUAAAGCUGCUGAGCCAUGGGGAAUUAUGUGUCUUAGAUAUGAAAUUCGUGACAUGCACAUGCCAGAUAAAAUCCAGGAAGCUAUGCAAAUGCAGGUUGAAGCUGAGCGAAAGAAAAGAGCAGCUGUUCUGGACUCGGAAGGAAAACGAGCUGCCUCCAUAAAUUUGGCUGAAGGAGAGAAAAGAUCAAAAAUUCUUGCAUCUGAAGCACGUGAAGCAGAACAAAUUAAUAUCGCAAAAGGAGAAGCUGAAGCUCUGCGAAUUAAUGCAGAAGCUAGAGCAGCCGCUAUUGAACGUAUAGGAGCAGCAUUACGCAAAGAUGACGGAAAGGCAGCCGGGCUAACAAUCGCCGAAAAGUACGUGGAAGCAUUCUCAAUGCUUGCUCAAAAAGGAAAUACCGUAAUACUACCAGCGAAUCUGAGUGAUCCAGCAUCAAUGGUAACACAAGCAUUAGGAGUAUAUCAGGCAAUCACGAAGCAACCAACCGGUAGCUUUUAA